AUGCAAACGGAAUCUACAAAGUCCAUAGGUGUGCAAUCCGUGUUAUUAUCAACUGCUAUUGUUGAAGUAGCCGAUGCACAUGGCACAUACCAUAAAGCGCGAGCCCUCCUAGACAAUGGCAGCCAGCGCUGUUUUAUUUCUAAAUCAUUAUGUCAAUUACUUAAUUCACCACUUAUACAGUCCACUAACGAAGUUCGCGGCGUAGGUGACUCGGUAGUACAUUGUACGCAAGCUUGUGAUAUCGUUGUAAAAUCCUGCGUCAAUAAUUCAUUUUCUACACGCAUUCAUUGUUUUGUUUUGUCUAGGAUCACGGCAUCGAUGCCUGCCGUAUGUAAAUUAAGUGCAAAUAUCUGUAUUCCAGAUAACAUACAGCUGGCUGAUCCACAAUUUUUAGACUACAAAACUAUAGAUAUUUUAAUUGGUGCUGAUAGGUUUUGGGACCUGUUAGAAGACGGAAAAAUUCGUUUGUCUAGUGGACCGUUUCUACAGAACACCAAAUUUGGCUGGAUCAUUUCUGGACCUAUCGCUAUUCAAACGCGUAAAAAGGCACCAAUUCAUUGCAAUAUUGUAAAUUCACUAGAUACGCAACUUCGUCUGUUUUGGGAGAUUGAGGACCUACCCAAGGUCAGAGACGUGCAGACUGACGAAGAACGGGAAUGCGAGGAUCACUUCGUUCGCACUACUACUCGCGGUAGUGACGGGAGAUUCUGUGUGCACAUUCCAUUCCGUCAGUCACCUGAAUCCUUGGGAGACUCUUAUACCCAGGCAGAGCGUCGAUUUCUAGCCUUAGAAAAACGCUUGCAGCGUUCAUCAGACUAUAAAAGUCUUUACUCCAAUUUUAUGCAGGAGUACCUCAGCUUAGGCCAUAUGACACAGGUAGAUUCCUACGAAUCCCCGUGUUAUUUUAUGCCACAUCAUGGUGUGUUCCGCGAGCUCAGCACCACCACCAAGUUGCGCGUGGUGUUUGAUGCAAGCGCACCGUCAAGCUCCGGUAAGUCCCUGAAUGAUUUGCAGCUGGUUGGCCCUCCUAUACAGGGUGAUCUCAUUGCCAUUCUUCUCCGCUUUCGGCAGCAUAAAUACGUUGCGUGCGCCGACGUGGAGAAGAUGUACCGGCAGUGCCUAGUAGACGAGGGUCAGCGUAGCUUGCAGAUGAUUCUGUGGCGUGACCAUCCGUCGAAGCCUUUAGGUAUUUUUAAAUUAAAUACCGUGACGUACGGAACCGCCUCCGCGCCUUUUCUUAGCGUUAGGUGCCUAAAACAAUUAGCUAAUGAAUCUCCUGAUGCUGACGUUGCUCGAGCCAUAAGGGAAGACUUUUAUGUUGAUGAUUUUAUAACGGGUUCGGAUAAUAAAUUACUGUUACUUGAUUUAUGUGACAAAACUCAGAAAACGUUGCAGUUAGGCUGUUUCCCACUCAGGAAAUGGAUAUAUAAUUUUAGGCGUGAUGAUGGUAGUCGUUCAUCUAGUCAGUUUAAACCGUUAAGUUUAGAUGAUAAUAUCAGUUCUAAAACGUUAGGUAUAGGCUGGCACAAUCUAAGUGAUAACUUUUAUUUUAACACACAAAUUCAAAUUGAUAAUGAUAAACCGAUUAGUAAAAGGUCUAUUUUAUCUAAAGUUUCACAAAUAUUUGACCCACUCGGUUUGUUAAGUCCCGUUAUAAUAGUUGUCAAAGUUCUUUUGCAACAAUUAUGGCUGCAAAAAAUAGGUUGGGAUGAUAACGUGCCUGAUAGCACGGCGCGCGUAUGGAACCGGUUUGUUAUUUCAUUACAAGCGCUUAACACUAUUCGCAUUCCUCGCCAUGUUAUAGGUGCGCAUCCUAAGUAUAUCGAACUUCAUGUUUUUAGUGACGCGUCUCAGACAGCGUACGGCGCGUGUAUUUAUAUUCGCACAGUUAAUUAUGAUCUAACAGUAACGGUUAGGUUAUUAUUUUCUAAAUCCAAGGUUGCGCCGUUAAAGCCUAUAAGCAUCCCUCGGCUCGAACUGUGUGGGGCUUUAUUAGGCGCUCGUCUGUAUGACAAAGACCUUUCUCCGCUUACUCCAGGUCAUUUCCUUAUUGGCCGACCACUGGCUGCUCCGGCAUGCGAUGACCUGCGCGAUGUUCCUGCCAGUCGUCUCCAGCGGUACCAGAGGGUGGAGCAACUUCGCCAACACUUUUGGACUCGGUGGGCGAAAGAAUACAUCUCUGAGCUGCAGGUGCGGACCAAAUGGAGAGAGAAUAAGGAUGAGCUUCAACCAGGUUCCUUGGUGGUUAUCAAAGACAGUAACCUACCGCCGUUGAAGUGGCAGUUGGGACGUGUUCUGUGUACCGUCCCGGGAAAGGAUGGCAUAUCCCGUGUUGCCGACAUACAAACGUCCUCGGGCGUGCUGAGACGCGCAUUCACCAACAUUUGCCCUCUACUGCCGGAGGUGGACCGGGAUGCUGCGACUGAGGACUGUUGAAAGCCACUGCUUCCAAGGCCGGGGGCAUGUUCUGGCUUAACAUUCGUGUCGACCAAUCACCAGACUGCACUAACGAUGACGUCGUACGGUGGACCGCGAAUCGCGUUGCAUUUGUCGCCCGUAGUAUUUAAGUUCUAUGUUAAUUUUUUAUUCGGCCAUUACAUUCUUUGCUCUCACGCAA